CCAAAACUGAAGGGCAAUGCCUGUUUCUGCCUACCCACUGCCUUCUCCACCUGGAAACAUUGCUGGAGUUUGGCUUAUUAGGUGAAGACAUUGAAGCUCUUGAAGCAGCAGCCUGUCUUUCCCAGCCUGUUUCAUCAGCCAAACCCAGAGCAUCCCCCACAAUGAAGGCAUUGAGCACUGCACCUCUCCCAUCCUUCAGUGGCCUGAAGUGAGGAACAUCAGAGGUACUCUCUCUGACCGUCAUGGAACCCAAAGCCCCUGCUCAGCAGGAGUCCUCCAUCCCUUCCAGCAUGGAGACAGCAGAAGACCUUGCCUCCAAGUUAAACAUUGCUCUGAGGAACAGCAACAGAAAAGCUGUGCUGGAGCUGCUGGAGAAAGGGGCAGACGUGAACUCCAAAGCAGAAUAUGGCUGGACACCACUGCAGAGCGCUGUGCAAGCUGGGGAUGAAGACCUGGUCCGACUUCUGCUGGAUAAGGGCGCUUGUCCGCGCGCCAGGAAGGACAACGGCGGCACUGCGUUUACUGAGGCAGCCAUGGUGGGCAAGGUGACUAUACUGGAGCUCCUCCUUGAUCAGGGGUUGAACAUUGAUGACCAUGAUGAUAAUGGCUUCACGGCAUUCAUGGAGGCUGCUUGGUACGGGAACGAAGAAGCUUUGAGGUUCCUGUUUCGCAGAGGAGCAAAUGUGAACUUGAGGAGGGAAGUGAAUGAGGAGAAGGCAAGACUGCAUAAGGGAGGUGAGACGGCGCUGAUGGAUGCUAGUAAAAGGGGACACCUCUCAGUUGUGAAGGCUCUUGUGCAAGAGAUGGGGGCUGAUGUAAACAUCUGUGACAACAAGGACAGGAAUGCCUUGAUCCACGCCCUCAAGGAGGGUUGUGCCCAGUCAGCUGUCCCCAUAGGUCAUUUCCUGCUGGACCACGGUGCCAAUGUGAAGAGCAAAGAUGAAUGUGGAAAAACUGCCCUCAUCCUCGCUGCCGAAAUGAAGAGCUUGGAUUUGGUGGAAGCCUUGCUGAAGAAGGGCAACAUAGACAUCGAUGACGCAGAUGAGGAGGGCAACACGGCCCUGAUGGUGGCCGUAGAGAAAAACGCUUACGAAAUAGCCAAGGUGCUGUGCGAAAAGGGAGCGAGGACUGACGUUGGGAACCUCAUUGCGGUUGCCAACAGGAACCGUGCCCACGAGAUGGGGCGGCUCCUGCGGCGCCACAACGCCAGCUUCGCGCCGGACACCCUGCCCGACUGGCAGCCCAGCAGCGCGCGCUGGAGCCAGCAGCUGAAACACCUCCACAGCACCUACCGCCCCAUGGUCGGCAAGCUGAAGACGUUUCCCUACAUCAAGCAGAGAAUCCUGAACACUUCCCAGGGUGGCAUCUACCUGGGGCUGCACGGCGGGGUGGAGGUGGCAGUAAGAAUGAGGCGCGGUGAGGCGGCCAAGGAGGAGAAAAGGUUCCUCGAAAGCUGUGGUGGCUGCAAACAUCUACUGAAGCUCUUCCAGUUCGAGAAGCACAAGGACGACAUGUAUCUGUGCUUCCCUCUCUGGGAGAGAAGCCUUGAAGAAGGCCUGCAAGAACCAGCAGACCAAAAGGGUCACAAAGAUACUCUGAGGAUGAUCUUCCAGGCAGUGGCGGAGCUGCACUCCCUUGGAUUUGCUCACCAGGAUCUACAUCCCAGGAACUUCUUGAUAGACUUAGAUGGCAAAAUAUACUUGGCAGACUUUGAUAACAGCAGAAAGUUGAUUGAUGGCCAAGAGGACCUCAUAAACUCAGAUUUAGAGGCUCUCGGCCAGCUCGUGCUGUAUGUUUUAACGGGGGGUAGGAAACCCCUCGAGCAGGUCAGCACUGAGGAUUUGGCUCCUGAUUCCCUAGACUAUGAGGAGGCUCUGGACCUUGUGAGAAGCCUGGUCUGUCCUGAUGAACGAGGCUUGGAAGGUUUGAGUAACCAUCCCUAUUUCUGGAACAAACAGUGCAGGCUUGAUUUCCUGAAGAGAGUGUGGAACAACAUCAAGAUCCUCCCUGACAGAAGAGCUGUCUCCCAAGCUCUCAGUGCCGCUGAGCCUGUUCCUUACCCACAGUGGACCACACAGAUUGACCAAGGUGUUCUGAAUGACAUGAAGCAUCCUCCCAGAGCAAAGCCGAUCCACUACAGCAACAGCAUCAUCGACCUGCUGAGGUUCAUCAGGAACCUGGAUGAACAUGCCAAUAAUAAGAUCACCAAGAUAACAGGAGACCAUGCUGAGUAUUUCCUGAAGCUCUUCCCAGCUCUCACCAUGUAUAUCUACAACUCUCUGCGCCAGCAUCCCAGCUGCAGGCACUGGACAGAACCAUAGAGCUGUGGCUGUUGGAAAAGACCUCUAAGGUCGUGGAGUACAACCAACAGCUAACUACCAAUUCUGGUGCUAACUCAGGACCUUUGCAGACCUUCAUGACUCUUCUCUGCAGGGAAUCACUCAUCUUCUCCUGCCCAUUGCAUCCUUCUCGUGCCCAGAACGCAGGAGGACACCCAGAGGUGUGUGUCCAGGUCUCAGCAGUGUGUUGAGGAGGGGUGCUAUGGGCACUGUGAUGGCUCCAUACCAUAGCAGGACGUUUCUGCUCUUGCACAAGCUGAGGUGAGGCUCCUCCAGCCUACAGUAAAACGCCACAGCAAUGA